AUGUCGGUUGCUGGACGACAGCGCAUCUCCUGGCGAAUACUCGAGCCCGGGAAUACGCACGGAGCUGCGACUGUUGUCAUUUCAUUUGACCCCACAUCUCCUGGCGAAUUGUCUGGUAGAGCGAGUUCAUACGGCAGCCCAGAUUGCUAUGGCCGCGAACAUUAUGAUGACAGCGACACCAAGUGGCUUUUGAAUCAACGGGAUUGUGAGGAUAUAACACCCUAUGACGCCCUCGUCCUGGGCGAGCUCAACGAAUCUUUCGCCCCUUCAACGAGAUCGAUGUCCGCCCAUUCUCUUCCGGGGGGACAAUUGGUGCCUAGACGAGGCGUGGUAACUUCACCCAAUGUAUCUUGA